AUGGCGAAAGAUCGAAAAAGAAAGCUCAGCGCGGGGAGUCCAGAUGGACCACAACCUAGCUCGCAGACUUUUGGCGUGGCUGAUACCCUGUCCCUUCUCCAAAAUGCCAAUCACAGCAGCGAAAGUUUGAACGCUAGCCAUGUGCCAAAGAAGCGCAAGCGAGUUGAUGGCGAGAAAGUCAAAUAUCCUGAUCUCACUUAUGCCGAGGGAAAGCUGCAGUCACCAAUUAGGAUCGCAGAUCUACAGGGCUUACUUCUCUAUUGCUUCGCCGAUGGAAUCGCGCCCCAAUGGAUUUCCAUGAAGCAUUCUGGACAUGUGCGCAAGGUCGUUGUACUGAUGGCCCCAGGUCUAGAGAUGGGCAUGUUUGAUGGGACGAUCCCCGUGCAUCAAGUACCAACAACCAGGGAACAGGAAACACAGGAAGCCAAGUCAAAUGCACCAGGAGCCACCGAGGCCUCGCGACAAGACGAACGUGCUGCCGAUUACGAACGAUGGAAACAGGGCCUCCCGUUGCCUGACCGUUCGAAUCGCUUCAACCCCAGAUCUUUGACGCGCGACAACCUACCCCAACCACUUCAACCCCUGGCUGAUAUGUUCCCUCAUAUCUGGCCUGUCAAGGCGCCAGGUGACAAUAAAUACAACAAAGUCCAUUCGCCAUUGCAGGCUAUCCUUAUGUCUUCUUCACCGAAGCCUAAAGAUGAUCAGUCUCGUAUGAAAGGUGCACGACCUGUCAACGUUGAGAAAGGGUUCGUCGCAAAACGAACACCAAUCACGGCUUUCAUUACUUCACGGGAAGAUCUUGUGGAAAACGAAUAUCUGGUGCAUCCUGCCUUCUUCACUUCUGAUGAGGAACGAAUCUCCCAAGCGGAGGCUCGCCAAAGAAAUGGGCAAUCGGUGCAAGAUGGAUGGGUGGAUACUCAUGUCCCCAACCUCGAGUCUGGUCAGCCACCUGAUUCUGAAAUUGAAAGUGGCAGUGUCACUGCCGGUCGGGAAGUUUUUGCCCUUGACUGCGAGAUGUGUAUCACCGAGGGCGGUCAAUCGGAACUCACCCGUAUUAGCAUGGUCGGCUGGGAUGGCGAGGUAGUUCUGGACGAGCUGGUGAAGCCCCCACGGCCUGUGAUCAAUUAUCUCACACGUUUUUCUGGAAUCACCCCAGAGAUGCUGGAGCCAGUCACAACCACGCUUAGCGAUAUUCAACAACGGCUCUUGGCUAUUCUUACCCCCCGUGCGAUCCUUGUGGGACACUCUCUCAACUCCGACCUCACUGCACUCAAACUUGUGCACCCCUUCAUUGUUGACACAAGUAUCAUUUACCCGCACCCGCGUGGUCCGCCACUCAAAUCCAGCCUGAAAUGGCUCACCCAAAAAUAUCAAAACAAGCAGAUUCAGAACGGAAUGGCGGGUCACGACUCAAUCGAAGAUGCUCGAGCUGUUCUUGAACUGGUGAAGUUAAAGUGUGAAAAAGGUGAGCGCUGGGGUACGAGUGAUGUCUCCAACGAGAGCAUUUUCCGUCGCUUAUCGCGAUCCACACGGCCAAAUCAUGUCCCUCGUCCUGGUGAAGAACGAACAGGCGCUGUGGUCGACUGGGGUAAUCCAGAACGUGGGUUCGGUGCCCAAGCAACUGUGUCGAUUGGCUGUCGGGAUGACGAUGAGGUCGUCAGCGGCGUCUCUGCUGUAAUCAAUGGUGAUGAAUCCAAUCCCUCUAUUCCUGGGGGUGGUGUUGAUUUUGCCUGGGCUCGCAUUCGUGAUCUCGAGUAUCUUCGCGGCUGGUGCAGCCGUUUUCCUGACCCGAACAAUGCCAACGAAUCCACGACUGUUAUCCCUCCCCCAGAGGAAACCACCCCAACGACCAGUACUGGCGAUGGCGGGUCGACCAAUCUUCCGCCGACUGACGUCUUGGCUGAUACCGUUUCUCGGACUGUGUCCCACAUUUCACGUAUUUACAACUCCCUACCCCCUGCACACUUUUCAUCGUUUAUUCUGGAACGGGCGAUCCACGUGAAGUGA